AUGUCCACAGGCAUCUGGCGCCUGUUUCGAAGGGGUGGUGAUGACGGGGAAGGCGAGGGGAAAGCAACACGAGCACAUCUUGGCGAGGAAAAUCAAUUUUACUACAACAAAGAGCUAAAAAGAUGGCUUAUCCGAGGCGAGGAACAUCUGGCGCAGCAGCAGGAUACACCGCCACCACCUCCCGUAACAGAAACAGCGGGAAAACAGUUACCAGGCAAUACUUCUUCUAUAGGCGGCAUAAGGAGGUUGAGGGCCCGCGACGCUACAAGUCUAUACACCGCAACCCCGGGGUUGCUAACCAAGAAUAGCGGUAGCAUAGAGGCUAAAAAGAGGGCGCCUACGUUUGUAAGACCUCCAUACAUGCUGCAGCAACAGCAGCAACACUCGGAAAGGGGUGGACAGGAGCCCGCGUCCGUUAACAGCAGUUUGCUGGUAACAGCAGAUGAAGUUGCUGCUGCGGAUACGAUUCCGUGUGCGGGUGACAAGGAGGGAUGUCGUGUGCGCACCGCACUUUCGGCGCCUCCACUUAGUGACAGCCCGAGGCGGGCUGCAACGGAAGAGGGAUGGCAAGGACAGCAACAAGAGCAGUCGCAGCUUCAGCAGCAGACAGCUGUUGUGAAGCGGAGUUGCUCAGAAACCAACGAGACGUCUGAAGGGCCCCAGCUAUUUUUAAAUGCUUCAGAGCACUGCUCCACUGGCUCUCCUUCACCUCCUGAAAAUGAAACACGUUUACUGCCUUCUUACUCAAGCUUGGAGCAGCAGCAGCAACGCCAGCAACACGGGCAGGACCACCCUCAUUCACUAAAUGGCGUAGGUCAGGCAUCAAGCAAACCAGAACAGCAUUCUUAUCCCAUCAGUCAGAAGCAGCAACGUAUGGUGCAGGCUGAGCACCAACAGCAGCUGCGUGUAAUUGAAGAGGAGGGCGAGCCACUUGCAGCUCAAGGGCUUUCUCGUCACCAAUACUGUGCAAUAUCUGAGAACAACGAGGCCCACAGGCCUCUGUUAGACUACGCUGAUUCGGCAGAAAGGCUUAAAGUAGUCGAUAAAGCGGCUUCGGAACACGGGCAGCAGCAACAAGAAGCAGAGGGAAAUGGCCGGGAGGAUGCGACCUUUGGCGGCGAAUUCGCCUCCAUUGCUCAACGGCAGAACCCUGAAGAUAUGGCUCUGUUUUCAGAUGAAGCAACUGAGGCUCAUGAUAAUGAAGUGCAAGAAUCCCCUUUGCCUCAAUGCAUGCAACAGUGGCAAGAGCAGCAUGAACAAAACUUUCAGCGGCAGCAUCAACCGCAUGAGCGUCAUUCCGCGGAUCGCCAGCUACAGAAUUAUGGACAUCUCGGCCCACUGGAGAGGGGCUGUUCCUCGGGCAGCGAUCGCAGCAGGGGUACUGCACCUGAGUAUGAGGACGAUUUGAACGACGAAGCAGGUAAAACGGAACUAUUACCUGACAAAGGAGGUCUCACUUUCACUCCAAAAGAUGAAGCAGCAACAGCAGUAGGGGCUGCUACUGCAACUGCUAACACUGUGGCUGCGGAUGCUGGCGAAGAACAUCAGUUCUGCAGCGCGACACUUUCAGAUAAAUGCGACGCUUCAGACUCAGCAGACUGUUUUCACCCAUCGGCGAAGCCAUGGGACUCCUGUCUCCCUCCUACAACGUCUCCUCAGCGAGAAGGGCAGCUGGAGCGCCUGCAGCAGCAAUCGUCACAGCAACUUCAACAGCCUAACGAUGAAAAUCACAUGGAGAAGUUACAGCAUCACGAUAGAUUGCCUCAACAAUUGCUGCAUCAAGGGGUUUCUAUGGAAGACAUUCUUCCUGGUUUCGCGCGGGCAGUACAGGAGCUGGAGAGGAGUAGCGCAGAGACACUGAGACAGUUGGCAACGCUGCAGCAACAAGUGAGCAAUCUUCGCUCCCGAAAUACCAGUCUCACAAAAAGUAUACAGCGAGUGAUUGAGCAGUUGCUAUCUGGGGAGGGUCCUACGGUGGAGCGCCAACGUGCAGCAGAACUUGUACAGGACGCUAUUUUCGGCGCUUCUGAGGAGUUCCCGUCGCCCAUGGGGGAAGACACAGAGCCACAGCCCUCACCAGCUUGCAGCGCAAUCUCAGAUGCAGAGGCAGCUCUAGAGGAGGCCCAAGGGGCAGUUUCCGCCCUGACGCAAAUGCUCGUCGAGCAAAUGGAACGCAAUAGACAACUUCAGGAGGAGGACAUGCACUUCGAUGCGGACAUGGUGCAUUUUAUUGCUCAGUUGCAGCAGCAGCACGGCUCUCUUGAGCCUUUUCUGCAGCAGCAGCUACUCCUACAAGAAGCUCACAUCGAACAGCAGGAGAAACUGGACAGCUUGAAGUGCAUGCACGAUGAUUUAAGUAGGCGUAUGGAGGAAAGCUGUGCUAGGGCGGCUGAUCUAGAGGGGCAGCUGGUUUUAGCUUUAGAAAAAAAACAGCAAGUACAGCGGCAGCUUGAUGACAUGCAUCAGAAUUUGCAGCGUCAGCAAGAGCUACUUGAGAAGGUGCAACAGCAGAAGGAGCAUGAAGCUGGAGAACUACGCCAGCAAGCAGAUUUCUGGCAGCAGCAGCUGUCGGAUUCGCAAAAGCAGUGGAAGGACCUGCAAAAAUCAACACAGCAACAGAGGGAGCUUCUACAAGAGCUGCAAGAGCGACUGGAUGCAGCAGUGGAAAGUGAAAGAGCAGCCACUGUUGCCAGAGUCGCCGCAGAAGCGGCGAAAAAGGUGGCAGAAGGCCAGGCUGCAAAGGCGCUGCACGCAAAAGAGCAGCUCCUGCAGGAGUUGCGACAGCAAGAACAACGACAACGGGAGGAAACAAGGGCACUGCUGGAAGAGAAAGAGGAGGCACUGAAUGAAUCUUUAAGUGCACAGCAGCUGCAGCAUGAUCUUGUCCAGCAAAUGCGUCGGCAGCAAGAGGUUCUGGAAGGGCAACUACUGACUCGGGAGCUUAUGAUGGAGCAGCUUCAAACAGAAAUCAACCAACUGCUCUUGAAGCUGCGGCAAGAGCAGGAGCAGCAGAAGGCUGAAAUGAAGCGGUUGGAAGAGCAGCAUGUAGCGGAAGUACAAGGAGUUGCUGCUGAAUACGCAGGAAUCCUAAAGGAGGAAAAAGAACAACUACAUAAGCUGGCUGAAGAAAAACAGCGCCUCAAGGCUGCCUACGACGAAGAAGUAGAGCGUUCGCAGCAGAAGGUGGAUGCACUUCAACAGCAACUCGCUCAGCAGGAAGAGCAGAACGAGCUCAUGGCGCAACGACAGCAAGAGGACACGGAACACUUUCUGCGUAGGCUGCAGCAGCAAGAACUUGAGGGGAAGGAAAAGCAAGAGCAGCUGGAGAAGCAAGAUGAAGAAAAACGCAUGCUGCUGGAGCAAAGCGACAUGCAGAAAGAAGAACUGUCUAGACAAGUGGAAGAUUUGAAAAGAAGCCUUCAGGGAGCAGAAUCUCGCGUGCAGAUGUUGCAGAAGAAAAUGGACAGUGCUGUCACUUCGUUUGAGGUUGAACGCAACGCGCUACAGCAGCAGCUCAAAGACGCAACGGCAAGUGUACAGCAGCAACUCGAGCAGCACGAGGCUACGAGAAAGAAGCACCAAUGUUUACAGCAGGAAUAUGACGCAGUUAAUCUCCAGAUGUCGAUUGAGAGAAGCGAGCUGGAGCAGCGAGUGGUGCUGCUCGAGGCACAGCUGCAUACGCAGCAGGGAUUGCUACAAGCAGCACGUGAAGAACUACUGCAACAGCCCGUUUUGCUGCAGCAAAAGCAUGAAGAAGACUUACAGCAGCAACUAGGAGCAAUGAGGCAGCUAGAGCUGGAGGAACGAGAGAGACUACAGCAGGAACGUGACCAGAUUCUGGAGCAGCAGCAGGAGAAGCAUGCAUUGCUGAUGCAGCAGUUGCGAGAGCAGCACGCUCUGGAGCAGCAGCAGUUGAAGCAGCGUAUGCAGCAGGAGCAGCAGGAGCAACAAGAGACGCUACGAAGUCACUUUGAACAGCUCUGGGACGAAGAGAGUGCAAAAAUUGUGGCAGCGAAUGCUGCCGUCGUUGAAAAGCUUCAGCAGGCACAGCAGCUGCUUCUGGAAAAGCAAAGGCAGCUGGAAGCCUAUGAGGUCGAACGAGACGCUCUUGCAUUUGAGCAAAAAGAGUCAGCUGCUCUGCAAACGCAGCUUCUAGCCACAAAGUCAGAUGCACAAAGGUUGCAGCAGCGUUGCAAAACAUUGGAGCUCCAGGUAGAAGAGCUUCGGCGGCAACGUAGCUGCCCAGAAGCAGAAGUGCAGGCGAUAAUGGAGGAGGAACUGCAUCAGCUACGGGAGCGACUGACGGAAAAGGAACGCCUUUCCCAGCUCUUGCAGCAUCAGCUGGAUGAGCACGUAGCCAGCCAGCGCGAUAGGCUGGGUGAGGUCAAUGCAAUGCUGGAAAGACAGGAAGAGGCAAGCAAACAGAAGGACUUGCGCUUACGGAGUGUGGAGGAGGAGCUGCAAGCCCUUCAGCAGCUACUGCAGGAUACCGUCGACGUGAAGCAACUUGAGGCAGCUCGUGCUGAGGCUGCGGAAGGCAAUCGCAAGGUUCAGAGGCUAGAAAACGACUUAGCAGCUGCUGUGACUGAGCAGGAAUCACUGAGGAAGGCCUUGCAAGCAGCGGAGAAACGACUCAACGAAAUGCGAUCAGGUGCGGAGGCUGACGCAGCCACAAACGCGGUGAACCGCCGUGUGGAGACGAAAGAAGCUGGAACGCAGGCCAUGGGAAAAGACACAUCUCAGAAUGCUGCUGAUAAAUGGGAGGCUUUGCAGCGGCAGUCCAAAAGGGCGCAGUUGCGGAAUGAAGAAUUGACUUUACGUAAUGCAACACUGACGCGUAUCAGUGACUUUUUGUCGAGGCGGCUGCAGUUCUUUGAACGUGCACUGGCUGACAUGGGCCCUCAUGGCUUGGUUGUAAUCGAAGAUUGUGACAGAAGUGUUGUUCUCGCCCCAGCUGAAGUUGAUUUUACCCCGACAGAGUCAUCAGUCCCUGAGUUUAUUUCGUUACAAAAAGAUGCAGGGUCAUCUGAGGAACAAGCACCGCUAAAUAGCAUUGGAAAAAUUAGCUCGGCUGAUGGUCGGGCGAUUUCCUUGGGCCACGGAAGUACAGCUGAACGCGGUCCACCAGCUUCCAACGUGAGGGUAAACGAGCCGACGUCUUCUGUAUCCUGGCGGGAGUGCGGCGCUGACAAGGAGAUUAUGCUGGAUAGUGCUCCUCCUAAGCCUCCAGAGUUCCUACGGGAAUUAAAGGCACCCAAGGCCCUAAGUUAG